UAAUUCUUUUCUUGCAACAUUCUUUUGCCACGAUGGUGUCCUGGGGCCGCCUGAUUCUUCACGCCUUUUCCUUUUCUCCUCUAUCUGAUAAUGGUCUCGCCGCAAUUUACCAAGCAGACAAGGGAUUGUUCGCCACUCCUGUUCCUCAGCCACCCAAGAAUGUCCUAGGCGGAAUCAAUGGUGGAUCAUUUCACGGUCCGGCUUUUGUGUCUAAUGGAAUGCAAUCAUUGCAGAAUGCUCUGGGUGCAAGUCAGCAAAACGGCAACUCUUCUCUUGGAAGUUUUAACGCACCAAUGUUGCCUCCCUUCCUUACUAAUGGCGGCACGCCCCUUCCAUUUGGCUUUCCUUGGGGCCAGUCAACGGCCAAUAACACCAACUAUUACAACACAACUCCCAACACUGGUGUCACUCGUUACUACGACUUUGAAAUCUCCGCUGGUCGGAUUGCACCUGAUGGUGUCUUCAAGGAUGGUAUCCUCGUCAAUGGACAAUUUCCUGGUCCCACCAUAGAGGCCAACUGGGGCGAUAUGAUCUCGGUCACUGUCACAAAUAACCUAGACGAAGGAACAUCAUUGCAUUGGCAUGACUACGAUAUCGAUCUCGGACCCGUGAUCUUGAGCGACUGGUACCACCAAGAUUACUACACUCUCGUCGAGCAAACCAUGUCAAAAGCAUCCGACAAAACUCCUCAACCUGCUUCCAACAACAACUUAAUCAACGGCAAGAUGAACUUUCCAUGCUACAAGGAUGUCAACUGCACCGCCAAUGCUGGUGUUUCCAAGUUCCCCUUCACCUCUGGCAAGAAGCAUAGAUUGCGAUUGAUCAACAUGAGCGCCGAAGCUAUGCAAAAGUUCUCAAUUGACGGCCACAAGAUGACUGUGAUCGCGAAUGACUUUGUUCCUGUUGAGCCUUAUGAGGUCUCUGUGGUCACUCUUGGAGUCGGCCAACGUACCGAUAUCAUUGUUGAAGCUGACGGCGAUCCGACCGACAGCGUCUGGAUGCGCUCAAACAUCAAGUAUUGCUCAUUGACUGACGGCACUGUCGACGAGGCUGUCGCCGCCAUUUACUACGAAAACGCAGACAACACCACAAUCCCCACGUCCAAGUCUUCAGUCACCACGACCCAACUUUCCUACUGUAACAACGACGAUCUUUCUGUCACCAAGCCCUUCUUUCCCAUCACACCUGAUCCCAACCCAUCCACUACCGAAGACUUGAUCAUCGAGUACCGCACCAACGAAACCGACUUCAACCUCUGGUUCGUCAACAACGUCAGCUUCAGAGGUGACUACAACAACCCCAUCCUCCUCGAAGCCAAACUAGGCAACCUCGACUUCCCCGAAGAAAACCACGUCAUGAACUUUGGCUCCAACAAAACCGUCCGUCUGGUGGUCUACAACUACUUUUCCUUCGGAGGCCAUCCCAUGCACAUGCACGGCCACAACAUCUACGUCCUAGCAGAAGGCUUCGGCGAAUGGGACAACACAGUCACCAACCCCUCCAACCCCCAACGCCGCGACACGGUCUGGGUGCAAGCCGCNAAAGACAAAGACACACCCGCCUACAUUGUUCUCCAAAUCGACCAAGACAAUCCCGGCGUUUGGCCUUUCCAUUGCCACAUUGCUUGGCAUGUGUCUGCAGGCUUGUAUGUUAGUAUUUUGGAGAGGCCUGAUGAUAUUCAAAACAUGAAUGUUCCGGGAGUCAUGGCGCAGAGUUGUAGGGAUUGGAGUGCGUUUACUGGGCAGGCUAUUGUGGAUCAGAUUGAUUCUGGGUUG